AGUAGAAGAAUUAGUAUAACUUCGAAUCGAAAAUGGCUGACAGUGGGGAUGCCGUGAACAGUACGUCGUCAGGAAAAGUGGCUAGAAAUACAGUCAUCGAUGGGCCUGUCACAGAUCCAGCGUCAAACACUAAGAGCCUAGAGGCAUCAAAUAAUGCCUUUCACGGCGCGAGAACAAAAUUAGAUCCCAAGUCUGGAGCCUUAAAAAAGUCCAGUCGUUAUCGUAGUCGUUCCUUGUCAGCCAGUAGCACAGAUAGUUACAGUUCUGCAUCUUACACAGGAAGCUCAUCAGAUGAAGAUGACGUGUCACCGCGCGAGAAAAUUCAAAAAACCGAGAGUGGUUUCACAGACUUUUGCGUGCGCAAUAUUAAUCAACAUGCAUUUGGUCGAAGGGAAAUAGAAAUAGCAGAACAAGAGAUGCCUGGAAUUAUGGCGCUUCGUAAACGUGCAGCUGAAGAUAAGCCACUGAAGAAUGCAAAAAUUGUGGGAUGCACUCAUAUCAAUGCUCAAACUGCUGUCCUUAUUGAAACCUUAGUACAUUUGGGAGCACAAGUUAGAUGGGCAGCAUGUAACAUAUACUCCACACAAAAUGAAGUAGCUGCUGCUCUUGCUCACGCUGGUUACCCAAUUUUUGCCUGGCGCGGUGAAACAGAAGAAGAUUUUUGGUGGUGCAUCGAUAAAUGCGUAGCUGCUGAAAAUUGGCAGCCUAACAUGAUAUUAGAUGAUGGUGGAGAUGCAACACAUUUAAUGCUCAAAAAAUAUAAUGCCAUGUUUAAAAUGAUUCAAGGAAUUGUUGAAGAAAGCGUGACGGGUGUACAUAGAUUAUAUCAAUUGUCAAAAGCAGGCAAAUUAUCCGUUCCUGCUAUGAACGUGAAUGAUAGUGUAACAAAGACCAAAUUUGACAAUCUUUAUAGUUGUCGCGAAAGUAUUAUCGAUAGCUUGAAAAGAUCUACAGAUAUCAUGUUCGGUGGCAAACAAGUUGUAAUUUGUGGCUAUGGUGAAGUAGGUAAAGGUUGUUGUCAGGCUCUAAAAGGUUUAGGGUGUAUCGUUUAUAUAACCGAAAUCGAUCCGAUUUGUGCUUUGCAAGCAAGUAUGGAUGGCUUUAGAGUAAUGAAACUAAAUGAAGUUAUCAGAAAUGUUGAUAUUGUGAUUACCGCAACAGGCAAUAAAAAUGUAGUUACACGAGAACACAUGGACAAGAUGAAAAACGGUUGUGUGGUAUGCAAUAUGGGACACAGUAAUACGGAAAUAGACAUUAACAGUUUACGCACGCCCGAUUUAACUUGGGAAAAAGUAAGGUCUCAAGUGGAUCAUGUUAUCUGGCCGGAUGGAAAGCGCAUCGUGUUAUUAGCGGAAGGCCGUUUAGUCAACUUGUCUUGUUCCAGCAUUCCCUCCUUUGUUGUGUCGAUUACAGCCGCUACGCAAGCGUUAGCGCUUAUUGAACUUUUCAACGCACCACCAGGACGAUAUAAAAGUGAUGUUUACUUGUUGCCAAAGAAAAUGGAUGAAUAUGUGGCAUCAUUACAUUUACCAACAUUUGAUGCACACUUAACUGAACUAACAGAUGAACAAGCUAAAUACAUGGGACUUAACAAGGCUGGACCUUUUAAACCCAAUUAUUACCGCUAUUAAAAAUGUAUAAACAAGUGAGGCAACGCGGUACAUACUAUGUUUGAAACAUUUCUUUGCAGUCUCGACUAUUUUAGUUUAUUUAGCCAUAUUAAUAUAAAUGUACGAUAAGGCUUCAUAUUAUCUUUAAGAUAAUUCUAGGCAGUUCUAUUGUUCUAGAAGAAUAUUUUCCAUGUAUUGUGAACAAUAUUCCAGUAUGAUUCCAACCAAAAUAUUGCCUCAGUACUGAUUGCAAUAAUCAAUAAUUAGAGAUUAUCUAAGUGAAUAUAUAAUAUUGAAUUAACUUUUGCGAAUGUAUACCCGAUUAAUUUAUGAAAGUGGACAAAGAUAUACGUGCAGUUAUAUUCAGCCAGAACGAAGUUUGAAUUCGUCGGAUGCCAGUUUUUCAUCCAAAAAACGAUAUGUUAAAGAUCUGUAAGCUUACAUUUGUUACAGGAUGUAAUAAGUUGUACAACCAGAAUAUGUUAGGUAUAUCUUCGAUUUGUUAGAUAUUAUGUUCAGAAAAUUGUUGAUUAAAAACAACAAAUCUUCUGGUACUACGGGAAAUGUGUACAUAUACAUAAAGAGUUUUAAUAUUUGCAAGACGUGGAUCGUCGAUAACUGAAGCAUGUAAUGUUCAUUUUGUGAUGAGUAAAUGUCUUUGCAGUAAUUACAUCCAGUAAUUGUUCUGAAUCAGUCUGUCGAAACAGCGAUUAUGUACACUUAGUAUCUCUGUUUCCAUGAAAAGAACAAUGUAAAAAAUUUACUAAUCGAAGCCAUGUACAUAAUUAUCUUUAAAAAACAAUAAUUAGAAUGGAUAACAGUUAGCCCUUUUAUAAUUGGUUGUAUCACUCCCUUGAUAAAUAAACCUCAAUGAUGAGAGACAAAAAGCAAAUAAACAACCUACGAUGCCUUGAA